AUGCCUGACUCAAAAUCUACCUUUCACCCUGCUCUUGUUGUAUCCAACAUCAAGAAUCAUGUCUCAAUCAUUCUUGAGAUGGAAAAUGUCCAAUACGCGACAUGGGAUGAACUUUUCAAAAUUCACGCACAAUCCCAUAAGGUAAUUGAUCAUAUAAUUCCUCUGCAGGAUGACAAGCAGAAGGCGCCACCAACGGAGGAGGAGACAGAACUCUGGUUGACACUAGACACCACCGUUCUACAAUGGAUUUAUGCCAUCAUUUCUUAUGAUCUUUUACAUACUAUUCUUGAACCCGACAUCACUAUAAUGGAGGCUUAG